AUGGCACCAGGUGUACUAUCCACCCUCCAGCUCAAACACCCUAUCGCACUAUCUGAAGUCAAGCUAGGCCGUCUUAUCACCAAUCCUCUAUAUCCGGAUGACAACUUCUUCCAGCCCAAGGCAUCGAAGUUCGCAGAGCAUCACGAUGCAAACGCUCGCAACACAUCUACGCCAAGCGACUCACCACCUAUGAAGGUCUCAAUCCAGCCAUUCCACAACUUCAAUGACACUCUGAAGCGCUCUCGCGGAACAAAACUUGAGCUCUCUUUAUUGAGCUUGCUAUCGACAUCUACAAACCUCUCUAAAGGCAGUUCCAGGACCAUUGAGAGCCCUUUGUGCCUCAUCCACCAAGUGCGAAAUCCAGAGUCUUAUUUCGCAACAGUGUGCAAAGACAAGACAGCCUGUGAAUGGAUGGAGGAGCAGAAUCAACGUCCAAAGACAUAUGUUUAUCUGAUCUGUGGAUUCAAGACUUUGACGGACGCGACGUUGGAGCGAGAUGGCACGAAAACGACUGAGUUCACACCUUCAGCUUCUUUACCUGCUGCAACAAUCGCUGGUGCAGCAGCAGGAGUACCGAUAGUCCUUCCAGAUGGUGUGGGAGAUGUUGAGGUUGGCAUGGGCAUCACAAAAGAAUCGAGCGAGAGUCUGGGUUACUCUGCACCGGGAGAGCGCGUCUAUGCGUUACAGUGCCGCAAGAUCCACUUUAAGCGCUUCUCAUCAAAGGUGGACGGUUCUCGUUUGAAGAAGACAGAUGAGAAUUGCUGGAUAUCGUAUAUCGAUGAAAAGUCAGGGGAUACGGACGAAGAUGCCGUCGAAGCAGAGCUCGCUGGUGCUUUUGGCUUGGAAGAUAUCGACGACGAGUAUGAGACGCUUGAGAAAGUAGAAGUGGGCUCAGAAGAAAUCUUGUUUCAAUCCGAGUAG